AUUUAAACGUGGAGCGCGUGCUUUGCGUUAACAUUUUUUGCAGUGUGCAUCCACGGUUGCGUCACAUGACCCGAUAAUCUUCAGUGUAUUUCCGCGUUCACGACGGCCGAGCUGUUAUCAAUGACUCUCCAUGGGUGUGCAGGGCUUUACCUAAUGCAUCAUAUCUGUGUCUAUCAUUCUCUCCUCCGGCCGUGGCUGUUGUCUCCGCGCUGACUGAAUGAAGCUGUAACCAUCUGAGGUCCUCCUCCUCCUCUUCCUCCUCCUCCUCCUCCUUCUCCUCCUCCGCCGCCUCUUAUUCUCCAUUGAGCCUGUCGUCGACCAGCGCGGUCGAGCUGGGGGGGAAUCCGGGGAAAGGGAGCCGCGGCGCCGCGCACCGGCCGACGGACGCCCCGCCGCGACGGGCCACCAACAUGCUCACCCGGGUCAAGUCCGCAGUGGCCGGCUUCAUGGGUGGGAUCAUGGCCGGGGGCAGCUCCGGCGGAGGCAACCCUGGUUCCGAGCUGCCGCUGAGAUUCCCAUAUAUGAGACCUGAGUUCCUUGGACUGUCCCCGGAUGAGAUCGAGUGCUCCGCGGACCACAUAGCCCGGCCCAUCCUCAUCCUGAAGGAAACAAGGAGAUUACCGUGGGCCACCGGAUACGCUGAGGUGAUUAAUGCUGGUAAGAGUGCACUGAACGAGGACCAGGCCUGCUGCGAGGUGGUCGUAGCGAGAAGGAGGCCAAUGAGCUACUGCCCUCCCUCCACGCCCAGCAAGACCCCCACAGCCAAGAGACGCAACUCCCUGCCCAACGGAGAGGGCCUGGGGCUCCGUAUGGAGCACAGCAAGCUCGGCGAGGACAGUGAAGGACUGGUGUUCCACUACUGGGCCUUGUUCGAUGGCCACGCCGGUUCAGGUGCAGCAGUCGUCGCCUCCCGCCUACUGCAGCACCACAUCGCCUGCCAGCUCCAGGCCGUCAUCGAGAUCUUACGCAACUUAUCCUCCUUGCCCCCGACUGUUCUGGGCGAGGAGCCCGAAAACAACCCCUACCUCCAGGGAAACACCCCAGGCCCUCACCGAGCCCUGACCCGAGCCGCUUCCCUGCGGGGGGCCGCAGGUGCGCCAGGCUCCCCGUGCAACACCCCGCCUCCGCCUCGCUUCUUUACCGAGAAGAAGAUCCAGCACGAGAGCUUGGUGAUAGGAGCCAUAGAGAACGCCUUCAAAGAGAUGGAUGCCCAGAUUGAGAGGGAGAAGCAAGUCUACAGCAUCACAGGAGGGUGCACAGCUCUCACCGUGGUUUACCUGCUAGGGAAGCUAUAUGUUGGGAACGCAGGUGACAGCAGGGCCAUCAUUAUCAGAAACAAUGAGAUCAUCCCCAUGUCGACAGAGUUCACACCGGAAUCAGAACGACAGCGACUGCAGUUCCUGGGUUUUAUGCAGCCUCACCUGUUAGGAAAUGAGUUCACGCACCUGGAAUUUCCCCGGAGAGUUCAGAGGAAGGAGGUGGGCAAGAGGAUGCUCUACAGAGAUUUCACCAUGAAUGGAUGGGCAUACAAGACCAUUGAGGAUGAAGAUCUCAAGUUUCCACUCAUAUAUGGGGAAGGGAAAAAGGCACGAGUGUUGGCCACCAUCGGUGUGACCCGCGGGCUCGGUGACCAUGACCUCAAAGUUCACGACUCCAACAUCUACAUCAAGCCGUUCCUGUCAUGUUGCCCUGAGGUUAAGGUAUAUAACCUGACGCAGUAUGAGCACGGAGCUGAUGAUGUUCUGGUAAUGGCAACCGAUGGCCUCUGGGACGUUCUCUCCAACCAGGAAGUAGCCGAAGCCGUCACCACAUUCCUAGCCAACUGUGACCCUGAUGACCUACACAGGUACACAAUGGCAGCACAAGACCUGGUGAUGCGAGCACGUGGCGUGCUGAGGGACAGAGGCUGGAGGAUCACCAAUGAGCGUCUGGGCUCCGGAGAUGACAUCUCAGCCUUCAUCAUACCGCUGAUGUAUGGCAACCGUCAGCCCUGAGGAGCCUGAGGACAAAAGAUGCUGCGGUUCAAUUACCUGAAGGGCUCGUAGGCUCUUAAACCAACAGGACUGAUUUAAACUGAGAAUCCCCAUUCAGUUUUCCUCAGUGCCGUUUGCACAUUUAUUUUUCAUCCUUAGACCAAGGAUAUCCUAACGUUUGGAUAUUUAGAUUUGUCGGUGUUUCAUACCUCUAUAGGAGUUCGGGUGAGGGGGACAUGAUUGUCAGCUCUGCUUUUUAAUCUAUUUUUGAAAGCCUCAAAAGUCAGAAAAACAUGAAAAUUUCAACACAUGCUAAUUUGAUUGAAUAUGUGUCAUGGAAAAAAAAUUGUCAAGAAAUAAUUUGGCCUGUUUAAAGUGAUGUACUAAAAACCUUGACUGCCCCUGAACUUCUGCAGAGAUAUGAAAGCUGAAAAAGACGCUCUUCCAAAGCGAGGAAAAGACUUCUUUUCUUUCUGUUCUUACCUCUCUUGCAGUGCUACGUCGCCCCUCUUCCUUCUCUUUUAGUCCUCUCCUCUCCUCCUAUACUGUACAGUCAACUUGUUUAUAAAAGAAGAAAACCCUCCUCCUUCUCAUGACCAUGGACCGAGCUGAAGGGUCAGCUGCACUUUCUGUUUUGCCACAGUGUGGCUUUGAAGGAUUCACUUGCUGAAGAACUGCUUCCAGAUUGAGACUGAUUGCAGCCAUGAGAUUUUGAACCCGUGUUGCUGUUCCCAUUUUGAGCAUCUUGUUGUCAUGUUCGGAGGCUUGCAGGUGGUAAGAGCCCAGAAGGCCUGAAAUCCUUUGUUGCACAGAAAGUUGGGUGGUGUUUGACUGUUUCAUGUGCAAUCACUUAUCAUGUUUCUGAGAAUGCGGAUGCAAAAGAAAGGAGACAAGGACCUGAAGUUAAACACAACACAGUAGCAGGACAAAUCGGUAGUCAGUUUUACUGUAGGAGACAUUUGGACUUGUCAAAGUAGGAAAAGCACAGGUGUAGUUAAUGAAUUUAAUGAUGGCUGAAUUCUAUCUAGCUGCUUUGAUUUCAGGUUCCUGAUAUCGUGCAUGCUGGCUCACUGGAAAACUUGAAUAGAAAAGAGCUAUCAGUGAUAUUAUGCUGCAAUCCAUUGCAAGUCUGGUGUUGAUAAUUCUCUAUAAUUUUGAGUCAUUAUUUCCGACUUCCAAUCUUAAUGCGUCCCAGUGCAUCCCCAUGGGAAAACAUGGACACCCACAGUAAACUGAUGUCUGUAUGGCAAGUCUCUAAGCUGCACAUGCAUCUAUAGAGAACCUACAUCAAUUACCACAGCGCUAUUAGCAAAGGGAAACGGUGCAUAAAACCCAUUCAGAUAAUGUUUACACAGCUCAAAAUUGUGUAAACAUGGGUGCUGAGUAUAAUAGUGUGAACCACUACAGCCAAUACAGAAUGACGUGUGCAUUUGUUUUCUGUGGACAGAGACGGAGCUAUGCCUGCUAGCAAAAACCUCUAUCAAGCACAUAUCAACUGACUACGGCAGCUACAAUGUUGUUACAUAACAUUUCACAACACAAACCAUGUUGAGGUGAUGUCAGCUGUAUUUAUGUUGACAAACUCAGGCUUGAUUGAUCUUGCCCGAGUUUUGGACUUGACGUUACAUGACUGUUCCAUUGCACUUUGAGUUCAAAGUAAAAUGGAUUGCAGCAUCAGUAACGUUAACACCUGUGCUUUUUCAAUAAUGACAAGUCAAAAUGUCUGCCUUGAGUAAGGCCUAUAAGCAGUCGUGGUUAUGGGGUUUUAACUUGGCUAGAUGUUUCACGAACUGACAGGUUUGUGAAACAUUCAUUCUUUUUCACUUAGGGAAAUAAAUUUGUUUUUUUAGCUUAGAGUUAGAUGAGAAGACCAAUACUAUCAUUACUAUCUGUGCGUUUGGGGACCGUUAGCUUAGAUAGCUAACAACUUGAAACGGGGGGAAAUACCUCAUGCCUCUUCCCAAAGGUUAAAGAGUUCUGAAAACCUUAAAAAUGACAUAUAACAGGGGCUGGAAAUACACUACACUUUGUUUUUUGUUUUAUUUAAGAAAAGAAAUAUUAAAUGUUUGCUUGUUAGCUUCAUAGUUUCUGUAAGGCGUCAUUGGACAGAGCCAAGCUAGCUCUGUUCGCUAUUUUUGCUGAGAGCUAGAUGAGAAGAUUGAUACUAUCUGUGCGUUUGGAGACCAUUAACUUAGCUUAGCUAACGACUUAAAGCAGGGGGAAAUAGCUAGCAUGGCUCUCUCUAAAGGUAAAAGUGCUCUCAAAACCUUAAAAUUAACAUAUAACAGGGGCUGGAAAUACACUACAUUUUGUUUUUUGUUUUAUUCAAGAAAAGAAAUAUUAAAUGUUUGCUUGUUAGCGUCAUAGGUUCUGUAAGGUGUCAUUGGACAGAGCCAAGUUAGCUCUGUUAGCUAUUUUUGCUGAGAGCUAGAUUAGAAGAUCAGUACUAUCAUUACUAUCUGUGCAUUUGGGGACCAUUAGCUUAGAUAGCUAACAACUUGAAGCGGGGGGAAAUACCUCAUGCCUCUUCCCAAAGGUUAAAGAGUUCUCAAAACCUUAAAAUUAACAUGUAACAGGGGCUGAAAAUACACUAACUUACACUUUUUUAAAUUUUAUUCAAGAAAAGUAAUAUUACAUGUUUGCUUGUUUGCGCCAUAGGUUCUGUAAGGUGUCUUUGGUCAGAGACAAGUUAGCUCCUUUAACUUUUUUUGCUGAGAGUUAGAUGAGAAGAUAAAUACUAUCAUUAACGUUACUGUCUGUUCAUUUGGAGACCGUUAGCUAACGACUUGAAGCAGGGGGAAAUAGAUAGCAUGGUUCUCUCUAAAGGUAAAAGUGUUCUGAAAACCUCAAAAUUAACAAACUGCAGAAGCUAGAAAUACAGUACACUUUGUUUUUUGUAUUUAUUAUACAAAAGGAGAUAUUACAUGUUUGCUUGUUAGCUUCAUAAGUUCUGUAAGGUGUCUUUGGACAGAGCCAAGCUAGCUGUUAGCCACUGCCUCCUGUCUUUUCGUGUCGUUUCCGUAUUUGUGUUUGUAUGUACGUGUAGUAUGUACCGAGUAUGCCCCUAAUGUUUAACGCAAGCAAAUGCAUCUCUUUGCAUGCUUUCACUGUCCAGUCUUACGAAAAGAGACAAAGACAGGACCAAAAAUGUAUGGUGACAACUAAGAGAGGACGUUGGCCUGUUGGGUGUGUAGCAAGUUUUGUGAAAUAUUUUGUUAAAACACGUAUAAUUCACGCUAUGCAUGCUACCAUGUUAGCUAGCUAAACAUGCUGUCAAACUUAUUAUCCAUAAGCACUUAUCCCAGUCAUGGCUGUAGCCUAUUGCAGCUGACAUUGGGCGAGAGGCGGGGUGCCUCCUGGACAGGUUGCCAGACUACACAGAGACAAUCAUUCAUGCUCAAUUUAGAGUCACUAAUUAGCCUAGCUAAUGUAGCUGGAGCUACAUGGAAACAAGGCGUUAAGCUAAGCUAACAGUCUCCUGGCUGGAGCUUUGUGUUUAAUGUACAAAUGUGAGAGUGAUAUCAAUAUUCUCAUCUAACUUUCGGCAAGAAAUUGAAUAAGCUUGUCUCCCAAAAUGUCAAUGAGUUCCUUACAGUUAAUAUUUUAGAUGAGAUAAAUUGUGACACUGAGACACUUGAAAUUUGUGCAAAUUGAAGUUGUCAAGAUAUCCCUUUCACACUUAGCUAAAUGCCAGUUUUGUUUUGUUUUUUAAAGAAGAUUAGAUGGCUUGUACAUCAGUUUGCCUGCACUUUAGGCUGGCACUCUUCAUUAAUGAUGCAGCCAUGAUACAUGAAAUAAUGAAGAGGCAUAUAUUCCCUGCAGCAGGGAGGACUGAAUCAAAGUCAUAGUUGUAAUUUAAAAAGAACCCAUGAAAUACAAUCAAAGUCAAUCUGAACUGUAACAGAGAAAGAGACUCAAAGUAUUCUUUCGCUUCAACAUGUUUUGCAUGUCUCAUAAGCUUUAGAUGCUUGUUACAGAUCAUGUUUGUCUUCAGGGGGACAGUUUUGGGAGUAACAAUGUACUGAGUUUGGAUGUAGUGAUUUACUGUGUGUCAGUGCAUGCAGUGACAUAUUGUAGGCCUGGGAUUAUGAGCAACGGUGCAAUGGUUUACACUGCUCUUUGUUUUUAUAUGGACUGAAUUUGUAUUUCUGUCAUGUAUCAAGGCGUUAGUGGUGAUGUUAUUUGUUUGUAAAUGUGCAUAGACCAUGCAUAUAUUUAUAAGGUUGGUGUUCCUUUAGAGCUUUUAGCAACCCAUAGGUUACAUUUAGCAUAAGCAAGGAAGGAUAUGAGUCUUUAUGAAGGAAAUGAAAUGAAACCAGACAUUUUUUUUUUUUGCACUUUUUUUUAUUUUGUUGACUUAACUUCACUAAAAGAAAGCGACCAUGAAGAGUUUGGCUGGUCUGAAAACAGUGUCACAGCCUUAGAAACUGAUGUGCAUGUGUAUUUUUUUUGUUCACCCCUUCCCUACAUUAUUAUUCUGCAUUCAUACAGGCUACAUUGCCUCAGCCAGCCACACUGGGUUGAGAUACAGGAGAUGAGAUAUAGUCUGGGGGAAGGAAAAACUUAGACUUCAGAGGAUCAAUGAAAAAAAAGGGUCAUCAUUUUUUAAAGAAGCUUGAUUCCAAUCUGAAAAAAAUGACUGCAUUAAAUUAAAACAAACUACACAUUUUAAGGAUUCUGUCCAUGACAGAUGGUUAAGGGUCCAUGAUUUUAUUUCCUCAAUAGUGGAUACGUAUAAUUUUGGAGUAGCAUUAAUUUACUUAAGGCUUGACUGUAAAGUGAGAAUAUGCCUCCUUCUUUCAUAAAACAAGGCAUGCAGGUGAUUGACUGAAUCCAAAGAAGUUCAUGUGGGAGUUGUGCAGUGCCAGGAUGAGGAAGCCAUUGUUAAAGGAAUCGUUUGACCUUCUGGGACACACUUCCUCUUGCGAAACGUGUUUCCCAAAAAUGUCAAACUCUUGAUGUACGUCACACGAUAUGUGCCAUUGUGUAGCAUGGUCUAUUUAUCAUCGUAGCUUUGACUUUUUUGCAGUUGACAGUUAUAGACAUUCCUCCAAGCAGCAGUCAUUAACAUUUGCCUGAAGUUCAUAUGGUGCAUUUUUCCUCCUGUACAUUCCAUGAAAGAAAUAUUUAAACUAUACAUUCUGUGUUGUAAUACAUCAUGAUUAUUUGCGGUUUCAUCUGUAAUUCAGUCAAAUAAGCUCUUUGACAGUUACAGAGUUCUUUUAAACUUAUUUUCUGUUUAAUUUAUUGAAUGUCUGUUUUAAUUUUGUUUUACUUUGUUGAGUAAAACCUUUCCUGCCACCACCUAAGCUUUGUCUUAGCAUGCGCCCCAGUUCAAUGGAGCGGUUUCAAACAACCAGAUCCAACACAGACACUGAAUGUUUUGAACUGCAAACAUGCUAAGACAAGUCUGAAUGGGGCAUCAGACUGUGUUGAAUGUUCAUCCUUAUACCUGUCAUUAAGCCUUUUUCUCUUAGAUGAAUGUCAAACAAUGACCAUAUGAUUUAUUUUUGUCAUCCUACUGUGCCACCCAACUGCUGCACAUCAACUCAGGUUCAAUUAUCAUGUGUAGUUUAAGUGGACAAGCUGUUAAGAGUGAUUUUCUAAAGGCGAGGAGUCCCACAGGGUAGUUUAUUAGAAUCCACUACAUUUGUAAAUGCAUGGGAGUGGAAGUCCUUGGACGAAAGUUUGCGGAGUCCCUUCAGACCGACUGUAGGUUUCCUUUUUUUGAAGUUGCUGUAUUGUGAAAGUAGUUACUGCUGUUGUUUUUUCUACCUUUAGACUCUAAGGUUCGUAUGGGAAAAUAAGAGCUGGGAGGUUUUUUUCUGUAGCAAAGAGGAAGUUUGAAGCCCAGUGGGGAACCGUUUUUAAGUGACCAUUGUGCUACCCUCAACCUCUCCGUUUGUGAAUGUGAAAUGUACAUUUUGUAUAACAAAAAGAUAACUUAUGAAGUCAAAAAAGAAAUAUUUUUAAUGUUUCCUUGUGCAACUCUGACUUUGGAGGGGGAAGUAAUGUUUACCUUCAGUGUUUCUUUUCCAGAAAUGAAAAAAAAAGGAUAAUAAACAUUA